AUGGCUACAAUAAUCUCCUGCUCCGCAAUAUCUUCGAUCCGAGCAUCAUCGAACCCGGAUCCGAUCCGGAAGAAAUCCGUUUCGUCGGCUUCGUGGUGGGCUCCUAUUUUCGGUUUAUCAUCUGAACCAGAUUACGUGAACAAUAACGGUAGCUCCUCCUCCGCGAAUCGAGAAUCAGAUCUGAAUCAAACUGACCAGAGAUCUCAGCGAUGGUGUCUCACGGAGGAGAAAGCGAAGCAACUGCGUAUGAAAAUCGCCGAGGCUUCCACAUUCCACGAGGUUAUGUACCAUUCUGCGAUCGCGUCGCGGCUCGCGUCUGACGUAUCGGUCCGGGUCAAGGAGUGA